AUGCGGCGGCAUGAGCAGGACCGGCUGAUGCGGAUGGAGGCGGAUUAUAACAAGCGCAUGGAGGAGAAGCGCUUCCAACAACGCAGAGAACAACGGCUGAAGGAAGCGGAGGAGCGAACAGCAAAGAAGCGAGCGAAACGGCAAAAGAAGAAAGAGAAGCGGAAGAAGCAGAAAACAGAGACACGGGAUGGCAGCUUGCCGAGUGUGGCCGAGGGGCAGAGGGAGGGGCUUGUAUCAAGUGAUGAGGAUGAGGAGGAUGAGGCUGCUGCACCAUCUGCCCAGGCAGCACUUGAUUGA